AUGGUUCCAUCCUCAAUUCUCGGCUUCCCUCGUAUGGGGGUCAAUCGUGAUCUGAAGAAAGCCACCGAAGCAUACUGGGCUAACAAGAUCUCGCAAGAUGAAUUGCUGGCGGAAGGAAAGCGACUCCGAUUGGAACACUGGAAGAUUCAGAAAGAUGCUGGCAUCGACAUUAUUCCAAGCAAUGACUUCGCCUUCUACGAUCAAGUCUUGGACCAUAUCCAACUCUUCGGUGUUGUUCCUGAGCGUUAUACCAAGUACAACCUGGCCCCCAUUGACGAAUACUUCGCAAUGGGUCGGGGUCUCCAGAGGCCUGCAACCGACGGCUCUCCUGCGGUCGAUGUACCCUCUCUAGAAAUGGUCAAAUGGUUCGAUUCAAACUAUCACUACGUCAAGCCCACCCUCCAAGAUAACCAAACCUUCAAGCUCUCUGCCGAUCCUAAGCCUGUUGCUGAAUUCCUCGAAGCCAAAGAGGCCGGUAUCAUUACACGACCUGUCAUUCUCGGACCCGUCUCGUUCUUGUAUCUCGGAAAGGCUGACCGUGGCCAAUCCAUUGAUCCAAUCUCUGCCCUCGAUAAACUUCUCCCGCUCUAUGAAGAUUUGCUCAAGCAAUUGAAGGAGGCUGGUGCAGAGACUGUUCAGAUUGAUGAGCCCGUCUUAGUUUUCGAUCUGCCCAAACAUGUCAAGGAGGCCUUCAAACCAGCCUACGAGAAACUGGGUGGACCUGGAAGCAGUGCCAUUAAGAUUGUCCUGGCUACUUACUUUGGUGAUAUCGUUCACAACAUCGAUGUCCUUGACUCCUCGAAGAACCUGUACGCCAUUCACGUCGAUCUCGUGCGAAACCCAGAGCAAUUCGAGACCGUCGCCGCCGCAUUGGGCCCUCAACAGGUUCUAUCUGUCGGUGUUGUUGACGGCCGGAACAUCUGGAAGACCAACAUGAAGAGAGCAAUUGAGAUUGUGGAGACCGCCAUCCAGAAACUUGGCAAGGACCGAGUCAUCGUCGCCAGCUCCAGCUCUCUUCUGCACACCCCUCAUACCCUUGCCAGCGAAAAGAAGUUGGAUCCUGAAAUUGCUGAUUGGUUCAGUUUUGCCUGCGAGAAGGCUCAAGAACUUGCAGUCAUCGCAAAGGCAGUCACCGAGGGCCCAGCAUCCGUUCGAGAUGCUCUGGAAGCCAAUGCCAAGUCAAUGCAAUCUCGUGCCUCUUCGACCUUGACAAACGACCAAGCGGUCAAGGAACGACAGAGCAAGGUCACUCCAGAUAUGUACAACCGCAAGUCACCUUUCCCUAUUCGAAUCGCUCAGCAACAGCAGCGCCUGAAGCUGCCGAUGUUCCCUACGACCACUAUCGGAUCUUUCCCUCAGACGAAGGAAAUCCGUAUCCAACGAAACAAGUUCACCAAGGGCGAGAUUAGCGCCGAAGAGUACGAGAAAUUCAUCGAGAAAGAGAUUCAAGAUGUUGUGAAGAUACAAGACGAGUUAGAUCUUGAUGUUUAUGUCCAUGGCGAACCCGAGCGAAACGACAUGGUUCAAUACUUUGGAGAACGACUCAAGGGUUACGCUUUCACCACCAAUGGUUGGGUUCAGUCAUAUGGCUCUCGAUGUGUCCGACCACCUAUCGUCGUGGGUGAUAUAUCUCGACCUUGCCCCAUGACAGUCAAGGAGUCCAAGUAUGCUGCCUCCAUCUCUCAGAAACCAAUGAAAGGCAUGCUCACUGGUCCAAUCACGUGCUUGAGGUGGUCUUUCCCUCGAGACGAUGUUCAUCAAUCUGUCCAAGCACAACAAUUGGCUUUGGCUCUCCGUGAUGAAGUUAUUGACCUUGAGAAGGCCGGUGUCUUUGUCAUUCAGGUUGACGAACCCGCUCUGCGUGAAGGUCUUCCCUUGCGUGCUGGCAAGGAACGAACCGACUACUUGAAAUGGGCUGUGGACUCAUUCCGCCUUUCAACAGCGGGUGUUGAGGAUGGCACUCAGAUCCACAGCCACUUCUGCUACUCCGAAUUCCAGGACUUCUUCUACGCCAUCGCCGCUCUUGAUGCUGAUGUCCUUUCCAUCGAGAACAGCAAGUCUGACGCUAAGCUUCUCAAAGUGUUUGUCGAUGAAGCUUAUCCACGUCACAUUGGACCUGGCGUUUAUGAUAUUCAUUCUCCCCGUGUUCCUUCUGAGAAGGAAAUUCACGACCGAAUUGCCGAGAUGUUGCAAUACUUGAAGCCAGAACAGUUGUGGAUUGAUCCCGAUUGCGGUCUCAAAACCAGACAAUGGAAGGAGACCAAGGCUUCAUUGACCAACAUGGUCCACGCAGCAAAGAGCUUCCGUGCCCAGUACGUGAAGUAA